CAGAAAGCAUUUUCACCUUCACUAUAUCCUCGAUUUUUCCCCUACUCUUUUCCCGUAACAGAAGUAGAAAACGCACCAGGAGCAGUAUAAUUGAUAUGAUUCGACGAAGACCACCACCACCUCCGUACUCGAGAUCACAAUACACCCACAGCAGAAAACGAUGGCAUCUGCCCUCUGAUGCUUCAUUUGAAUGACGCGCUCUCUUGCUAAUUAUCUGUAAUUUGAAUCUUUUUGAGUUUGAGAGCUUCAACUUCCCAGCACGCGAUUUUCUAAACGCCUUCAUCAUUCUUCUUAUUAUUUAAGCAAGAAAAAUGUUGGGCGGCGGGUCUUCUUCCUCGUCUUCAUCUGGUGCCCUCGACAGAGGACCUUCGGCUUCUUCGUCCUCGUCUUCUGGUGCCCUCGACAGAGGACCUUCGGCCUCGGACGCGGCCAUCGAGCAGACUAAAAGCAACAUCGCAGAGGUAAUCCCCGACCUUGUGUGGGUAGAAUACAUAGUCCUAUUCCUGGAGUUGCACGAGGUGGGCCGCUUAGCUUGCACGUGCAAAACGCUGAAUUCUUAUGACAUUCUCACCUCAUGAUCUACCGUAGCCGUACUAGAUGUAAGUACACACAAGUUGUAGUUGAUGUUACUAGAUGUACACACAAGUUGUGUGGUGCUAAGCUAUGGCAUACUGGAUUAGACUACAUAGUCCUAUUCCUGGAGUUGGGUAGAAUACAUAGUCCUAUUCCUGGAGUUGCAUGAGGUGGGCCGCUUAGCUUGCACGUGCAAAACGCUGAAUUCUUAUGACAUUCUCACCUCAUGAUCUACCGUAGCCGUACUAGAUGUAAGUACACACAAGUUGUAGUUGAUGUUACUAGAUGUACACACAAGUUGUGUGGUGCUAAGCUAUAGCAUACUGGAUUAGACUACGUUAAGACUAAGCUAAUAGCGUUAGUUGUAGUUGAUGUUGAUGUCGUGGCUCCGGGUUCAUCGUCAGGCUGAUCAUGUAAGUACACAAGAACUACAACCGUCUAUCUUUGACUUUGUCCAUGAUGUCACCACUACAGUCGCACUUCUUCUAACUCAACCUACUCCGCGACGAGCCUUUCGUUUGGCAGCGGCUGGCGCAAGUACAAAAUGAAGCGACGCUUUCGCGUGGGUACCAGACGUAUUUGAACCCCUUGCGCUCGAACGAGAUCCAGGAUUGGCGGGAAGUGGUUUUACUGUCGAAUGCUAAGCUUUUGACUGGAGGUGGCGGGCCUUCGUCGUCAAUUCAUGGAGCGGCGGAAGAACAGCAAGGGCAAGCUGCAGAGCGGGACGGAGUACACGGAUCAUCUAGCGCAAAUGUAGCUGUUGCCCCUCAUAUACCACGUCUUCAAGUAGAGCACAUGAGCGCAGAGCGACCUCCACAACAGCUUGAAACUGUACCUUCUUCUAGUUCUUCUACUGGUGUAGGUGUAGACCGAGCACAGCCACUUGCAAGUGACGAUGCAGAUGGAGGUGACAGUAUGCACACCGCUCGCAGCGACCAGAACUUCAGUAGUGCUGCAUCAGCGUCUUCCUCCUCGUUAUCGAGCAGUAAGGUUAACGGCUUACCUCCAACCAAACGUCCUCGUACUACAAUAAACAAGAUUCGGAUCCGCGAGGAAGCCCUCCAAGCAACUGGACUUGACGAUUUGUCAGGGGCAGCGAGAAAUUUCUACGGUGGCCAUUCCGGUCACUUGCACUGGCUCGAGGGCACAAGAGUGUUAGCUUUUGCUUAUGACGAGGAACUAUGCUAUAACGGACUUUUCUUGUCUAGUACUACCUAGCUCCGUCUAUUGUUCUAAUUUCCCGGAAACUACUAUCCAGACCGCGUUGGAGGCGCGACGCCCAAGAGUCUGCCAUUCAUCUAUGAGAUCGAUGUUUCAACCUCACCGGCUAGGAUCGUCGAAACAAUUAAUUAUGCGAGGAGAGAGGUUGGAGAAAAUGGAAAUGAAGAUGCACCAGGUCCAGGACAAGAACAAGGACGAGGUCGUUCAGCUCAGUUUAAGGUGUAAUAGACGAGUUCAUAUCUUCUACUCGUCAUUGCCAUUUCUCACUUGUUCCUGCAUCUCAGAAAAGUUUGGAGAUGAAAUGUACAAGGAAGCAGGUAAGAAGAAGAAGAAGAAGAAGAAAUGAAUCGUCUUGAGCUCUAAUCAGACAGGAGGUCCACGUCCAGGUGGCUCUGCUUCUUCUCCUCGACCAGGUUCUCAAGGCUGGCCACACGGCGAGCCUCAUCCGCAGAUCAUGGGUGCUGCGAGUGCAGUGUGGCGUAGACGCGUCGUUUUCUUCGGUGGCGGCAGUCCUAUAGACGUGAAUAAGAUCAAUAACGACGUGACAAGUUUCAGCAUCGAAACCAAGCAGUGGGAAUCCUUUUUCAGGGCUUCUGUCCAUGCUGCUAGCAACAGGCAUUGCAUUCCUGGAGAAAGCUUCCCAAGACCACGACAAGGACAAAGAGCGACAGUUUUCCAGGAUCGCCUUUUCGUUUUUGGAGGUCGUGAGAGCACCAUUGGCAGAAGGAGAAGAGCUCAGAGAGAAGAUGGACAAGAGGAAGAAGAGGAUGAUGGCUGUCGCAAUGACCUGUGGAGUUUCGACCUGGUGCAAGCGCAAGAAUAUGGUGAAACUAGUACUAGAAGAACAACAGGUACAGGGUCUUGUUCUAGCACGACAGGCACCACUUCUGCGUCCUCUAUGCACGCGUCAUCCAGCAGUGCUAGUGCGUCCUUGUGGAAGCGAGAAGAAGCUAGUGGCCAAGUUCCUCCUUCACGUGUGUGGCAUGCAUCUUGUGACAGUACAAAUGGUAGAUGGCUGGUCUGUGCAGGCAGCCGCUGGAACUUCGACAAACCGGAAGUUAUGAAACUACUUGCGUUUGCUUAGUAUAAGUAGUUGUAGUUGCACCUAAACCUCUAGUACCCAGAAGAAUUGUUAUUGUACUUCAUCAUCUACUUCUACAUCAUGAUGAUGGCGUGUCUGUAUAAGACGAGCGUCGAUACUUCUAGAAGGUGCAAGAACCAUCUUCUCAACCUAGCACAUCAUCACACUCACAACUACUCCCUCAUCUUUCAUAAAAAACGAACGAGAAACCCAUCAGUUCCGGCAAUUGUUCUGUCUGCACCUUGCUGAACGGAGGUGGGAGGAGAUAAGAACUCAAAGUAUUCCUCCAUGGGUCACUGCUGGAUGCCUAGUUGCGACUGGGCGAGAGGUACACGCACAAACGUUGAACACCGCCACACCACUCUUUAGACGUUCCACCUUGUCUGCAAAUAACUACAGAUGCCAAGCUACUGUUACAACUAACAACAUGGUAGUACAUGAUGAUGAUGAUGAUGAUCAUGAUUAGAUGCAUCUUCCUGUGUCUCCUGCUUCUUCGAUUGCAAAAAUUUGAGUUAAAUUUACUUUCUGCUGUUCCUGCCACACGACCAGAUUCUCCUUUUUGGUGGUUGCAAACCUCAAGAAGUGGGUCCAGGUGGCAUUCGCUGGCAAGCGCUGACGGAUGAAAGUGAGGAGACUGGUUGGCGCUCUUGGUAUAGCCACGUCGGACGGGACGCGUUCGUCUUUGAUGCUCACGAGAGGAAUUGGUCGCCUUGCGUUUGCGAAGUCAGCUGUGAUACUCAAUUAAGGCUACUGUAAAAGCAACAUAAGCAUGAUCUUUUUAUUUCUAGUACUACUUGAACUUGAACAAGAAUUAAAAAAGAUACAGAAGUACAACUAGAAGCCAAGGAUGGAUGGUCUCUUCAGGGCGGAAGAUCGAUGCAAGCGCGACACCAGACAUAGUACAUAGAUCUCUGCUCUAACUCAAGCGCUCUGGCGGUCUCACUUUUCCGCUGUUUUCGUGCCUCCCACAAACCAAAUCUUCCUCUUUGGAGGUUCUCGCUACUUCUGCGGGGAAUAUUUUCACGAUCUACUCGUCUUGGACUUACCUUCAGCGGCAGGCCGUCACUUGCCGGAUAGAAAUGCAAGUGGGGUUUUAUUUUUACGGCUAACCUCUAUCUUUACCAGUUUCUUCCUUCUAUUUAGAUAAAAACUAGCAUUAUCUAACUGUAACUACUAGAGUCUAAUAUGGGGCUAUCUAACUACUUGAAGGUGAGACCCACCUAUGGGGCUGACAGGACGACGAUAGCGUCGGCGCUUAAUUAGUUUUAGCAGUUAGCAGGAUGCUUCAGGAUACUUGUCGAUAGUUACCCUUUUCUCUUUUCUAUCUUCCUCUGGUCUGUCUUUUUUCUAGUUAGGUCGGCUCCACCACAACUACUAGAGUCUAAUAUGGUUUUUAUGCUCAAUGAGACGGAUUUAUUUUGCGACCUCUAAUAUAUCCUGGAUAUGUGUGGAAUCGUUGGAAAGGUGUGCUAGGAAGAUUGCGAGGACUUCAUGCCACUGGUGAUCUCGAUGACGACCGCAUGCGCGAAGUCUUCCAGCAUCUGCGACAAAUUAACAGAGAAGAAGAUGAAGAGUCACAAGAAGAUGAAGGGGCACAAGAGGACGUAGGACCACCGGUAGGGUCUAGGUCUACUUAUUUGUUUUUGCUAUAUUAAUCAGUGCUACAACUUGAAGAUGUUCUUGUUGUUUCUUAUCCUCCUGGCAUCAAUUAUCUCUUUGUGUUGCAUUUUGGUGCUGUAUCAUCCACAUAAUGGUCAGCCUUCAAUUAUCCUUUGUGUUGCAUUUUGGUGCUGUAUCAUCCACUCAGUCAAGUUUUCUUCAGGGUAAGUCGUGUGAAUAUUUCUGAUACCUGCUUUUACCAACCACAUAAUCCUCGCCCCACCAGGAACGAGCGCCAGAAGCUGAUGAUAACGUUAACGAUGUUAUGGAGGACGCUGAAGAUGGGGUUGACGAGGACGAAAGCAGUGACGAUGGAGGGGAUCAGGCGCCGUAGAGAUAUUUGUCGUGCACUAUAACGCAAACACCGUCGUGGCCGCGCCCUCUCGUCUUUUUCGACAUCAUAUUAAAAUGAACUUUGAUGUGGUGCUGAAACUCGUUUCGUACCUACAUACUGGUGCUGGUGCAGCCCACGAGUCCGCCUGUGUUUGCAAGAGGUGUUCGAACGACCACAAGCGACUCCAGGGUAAGGGUCUCAACAUGUUGCACAUACUUCUGAAAAUAAAAGCAGCACAUCAGAGAUGAAGUUGUAGUUUUUGUGGGAAAAAAUUGGAGACGAG